GAAGUCCUCAAGAAAUGAGGCAAUUGGGAAGUUGUGGAGCCAGGAACCCACUGGGCAGAAGGUGUAGGUUACAACAGCUUGAAAGCGAGUGGGAAAAUAAAGUGAUGAAGAAAGGAAAGCAAGAAACUGCGGUAAUGGAGAGGUCUGCGGUCAGGAAUGGACCAGAGACAAGACUUGGCAGAACUGAAAAGGAGGGAGGAAGGUGAAGGAUAAAAGGAUAUGUCUCCUAAAGACCACAAGGUAGACAGAGUGGGGUUCAAGUCAGGAAAAGGAUCGAGGAGGGCGCGCAUGCAUAGCAAAAUUAGGAAGUGACAAAGUCUGAAAGGGCAGCUAGUGCAGGAGCCAGAGAAGCAGCUGAGAAAGGGGGCAAAGGCCUAAUCUAAACCAGAUGUGGCCUGGGCAGCUCUGAUAGGAGUGAACCGACCUAGGGAGGCAGGUCUAAGAAGGGGCAGGUCUGGCCUGGGGCAUACAUCAAUAGAAGCCCACCGAGGGAGGCAGAUCUCAAGGCAGGUGGCUCCAGUAGAUGCAAGACAAGAGGGAGGCCUGACUGUCGCUAGUGGUCGUGCCCUGGGGUGCGUGGAAGGACGAGGCUAUAGGUCCACCUUCCCACCCACGGCGGCGUCUCCCCCCGAGGCUCUGUCACAGAGCCCGAUCGGGGUGGGCGGAGGGGACGCAAACUAAGCCAGCCAGCGGGGGUUGAGCUGGGGGUGAACCAGUCCGGCGAUGUGGGGCUGGUGGCGGGUAGUGCCGCGAACAACACAGCGUUACCCGUGGCGCACCAGUGUGGUCCUCUACGGGGUUCUGUACUCGUCCGGGGACGCGCUGCAGCAGCGCCUGCGGGGCUGCGAGCACGACUGGCAGCAAACGCGGCGCGUGGCCACCGUGGCCAUCGGCUUCCACGCGAACUUCAACUACGUGUAUGCAGCUCCUGGUCGCGCACGGCGCACCCUGCUGACCAAGCUGCUCUGUGACCAGCUGCUGGGCGGUCCCAUCGCGCUGUGCGGCUUCUACAUAGGCAUGAGUAUACUUCAGAAGAAAGAGGAUAAGUUUUUGGACCUGAGGCAGAAAUUCUGGAAUACUUAUAAGACUGGUCUCUUGUACUGGCCUUUUGUGCAGCUUACCAACUUCAGUUUUGUUCCCAUUUACUUGAGAACAGCAUAUACGGGCCUCUGUGGCUUUGUCUGGGCUACUUUCCUUUGCUUCUCACAACAAAGUGGUGAUGGUACAGUGUCCUCGGUUUUGACAUGGCUUAAGAAAAAGGAGGCCAUCGAAGUUGAAGGGUCCCCAGAGAAAUGAUUGCUUUUAAACAAAUCGUUCUCAUCAAGUGGCCAAAAUUUAUUUCCUAAAAUGCAGUGAGUUGAACCAAGGAAAUAUUAUGUCAUUUAAAAAUUUUUAUUUCUAAAUAUAGCAAGUUUCAUUAUGAAGUAUUAUUGUACCAUAGAGAAAAAAUAAAAUUUAAAA